AUGGCGCACCAGCAACUUUCUUUGCAGCCCGCCAUCGUAGGUAGCGAUGAACAUGACCAGGAGGCCAUUGAUGAACUAAUUGCUUCGCUUCCCACAGGGAAUGGCUUAGUUCGUCCUGUCCAUCGCCUUUACCAAAACUUUUGGUGCCCGCCAUUUAUGCUUCCCAACGUGAUCGCAUUCCAGCGGCACUUCAAAGCCAAAGACAAGGACAUUGUUCUGGUCUCCCAGCCCAAAGCGGGAACCACCUGGCUAAAGGCCUUAGCGUUCUCCGUCAUUAAUCGCUCCCACUUCGACAUCUCCAACACGCCCUUGCUCACUUCUAACCCCCAUGAAGUCGUUCCUUUCAUUGAGCAUAAGCUGUGGCCCAACCUUGAUGGCCUGGCGGAGCCAAGGCUCUUGCGACGCACAUCCCUUACCCAUCCUUGCCGGAGAGUGUCAAGCGGUCGGAUUGCCGAAUCAUUUACAUCUGUCGAAACCCAUUGGACAUCGUGGUUUCCUCUUGGCACUUCUUAG